AUGGGCAAUUUGGCCAGAAAACGAAAUAGACUGACGUUGGUUUGCACCUUUUGCAAACGUCGCAAAAUCCGGUGCGACAAGAAGCAGCCGUGCUCGUCUUGCGUUACUCAUGGUAACUCCGAUUGUUCGUAUCAAACUCCGACUAUAAAAGACGAUAAAGAUAUCGAUACCUCUGACAACUAUAAGAGGUCGCUGCUCCGUGAAUUAUCGACCGUUGAAGGCAAUGGCCAUCAUCAUCUGAUUCCGCAUGAGCCUCCCCAGUUGUCACCAAAGGACCCUUCGGACCCAAUGGAGGCGGAGUUAGUGGCACUUCGAAGUAAGGUUGAACGGUUGGAGAAGUAUUUGCUGGAAAAAGAGUCUUCGAAAACCAACGUCCCCUUGUGGCAAUACCAACUACAAGAUUUCAGCGAAAAGACGUGGGGAGUUGUGCCAUAUGACCAUGACACCGACAAUAUCUCGUUUCUGGAAAACUUUGGCUUGCUUGACCAGAUUGGUACCACCUCUGCUAGAUACUUCGGCCCACUCAGUUGGUUGGCCAUGUUGAAAAGUGAUCCUGCCCUAGCGCCGGUAAUUCAGCUCAAGAAAGACGAGGUUCUCACCAAGCAUGGCGAUCCAACAAACAGACCUGCGGGCACCGCUUUCAAAACCUCCUCCCAGGAUCCCAUUGUCAAUGAGGAUUUGGAGUUCAAGCCUUUCAAACAGCAGUCCAGAGAUCUGCGUUUGCAGAUCAGUCAGUUGGACGCAUUCAACAAGAAUGCCCGUCUCUUAGGCUUUCCUGUGUGUCCAGUAGAUAUACUGUUAGAAAAUGACUUGACACAAAAGAUACGUCUUUUGAUUCCUCGACGGCAGGCCAUGUGGAGAUACCUUGAAAUUUACUUCAAUCAAGUGUAUCCAGUAUUCCCUUUCAUCGACCAGGAUUUCUUCGAAGAUACUGUUCACAGGUUGAUUCAUCAUGCAGAUGACCACUCGCCUGCCCAAUUGAAGAUUACAAAGCAAAUGGACUUGAUAUAUCUCGGUCAGAUCCUCAUAGUGCUACGUUUGGGGUAUCUCAAUAUGUUCCCUUGUAUUUCAAGAAAGCACGAAUAUUCCCUGCCGGAGAGGGAGUACUUAUUGGAUAAUCCUAUGGUUAUUGAGUCACUUGAGGUGGCCAACUUGUGUCUUCAGCUGUCAAACUACUUCCGUACAUGCAAUUUGGCUGUGCUUCAACUAGUUUUGUACAUACGGGUCUACUUCAUGUUCGCUCCAGAAUAUGGAGAAUCGCCUGAGGAUCCAAGUAACCAGAGCAUUACUGCACAACUUAUUCGAAUGGCUUUGAGCCUUGGUGUACAUCGAGAGCCACAUUUGGAAAGCACAAUAGAAGAGAAGAAAAUGAAUAACUUAAGGAGGAAGCUCUGGUACAGCCUUAUCAAUCUUGAAUUUGUUGGAAGCACAGCUAACGGAUUUCCGACUUCCAUCCAGUUCAACCAAUACGAUGUUGAUAUGCCUCACUUUGUGUUAGGUGGAGAAAACGUCAAAAGUUUUGCCCUAGAAAAAUCACUACGAUCAAACUUUCUACUGAUGGGCCAGUCUUAUGAUACUAUACUUCCGGUUUUGGAACAUGUUACCUCAAUUCGUAGUCCAGUGUUGUUGAAGGACCUAUGUGCGGAUAUUCAAAAUUGGGAGAACAAGUACUUCAAGACCUUGAAGCUCACUAUUCACGAAAUUGAUGGCCCGUUGUCUGUGGAAACCGUCUUCGAAUCUACACGGUUCUUGAAUUCGGCGGUAAGUGCUACUGGUAUUAUCUUCCAGUUGUAUCUAUACUAUGAGAAGCAAGGAAAUAUCGACUUGUCGUAUUUUUACUAUAAGAAAUUGAUGGGUGCCGUUGCAAGAAACGUUGUCAUUAUUGCAAAGCGUUUUAUUAAAUAUAGCAGUGUGUGGUUCGCUGAAACUUCCCAUCUCACUUUCGUUCCUGUUUUGGAAGCUGCCUUACAUCGAUGCAUGAUCCUAUUGCUGUCAGCUCUCAUGAGGACCAGGUAUUCUGUGUUGCAGUGUGAAAAACUGUCUCUGCAUCGUUACAAUCUCGAUAACGAUGUGCAAUAUGCUUCACGCUAUUCCUUGAUGGUCGACAUAUAUUUUAAAUUGACCAAAUUCGUUGGCAUCAUCGAGGAAUGUAACCGCAGACUCAGCAAAAGAUACUGCUACAGUUGGAAAUGCGUUUUUGUUCAAGAAAGUCUUCGGGCGUUGCGAAAUGGGGAAGACUUUUUCUUGAAGUAUCGUCGGGGUAAGGAGGUAUACUUGUUGUUGACCCUUGACAUGUUAGCUGACUACGAUUCAUUUGUCUCGGAAAUACUACAAGAGGUCGAGGCAAGUAUUCAAUCAAAAUGGGACCCUCAAGCAAAUGGAGAAGAUUUGGAGCAAGCAGCAUCGACGCCAGGUAGCUCCCUAAGUUCAGGCAUAGAUGGUGUUCUGGACUUCGCCAAUGUAUUCUGGCUGCUGAUGCACCAGAUGAAGGGAUUUCCAGAUGAUUCUAUUGCGGAUCCCACAGUUAAUGGCAUAUUUGAUGUUGAAUGGCUUGACGUGCUAUAA